AUGCUGAACUUCGCCGUCUAUCAGACGAAGCCGGGCGGGUCGCUGGACGAAGCCCCUGGCCAGGCUUGCGAUCGGUGUCGACAGAAAAAGUCGCGGUGCGACAGGCACCGUCCGGUGUGCAGCAACUGCGGCAAGACGGGCUCGACGUGCACCUGGGUCGCGGUCCCGAAGCGCAGAGGGCCGCGCCCGCGCAAGAGGCGGACGACGACGACGGCGGCGGCGGCAUGUGUCCGGCCGCCGUCGGUGAACCCCGCCCCGGACGGCACGCCCGGUCCGAGUGCCUCGCCCUCGUCGGCUGGCAACAUGGGCAGUGCCGAUGCCAUGGACCACUUCUCGGACGGCUUCUACGAGCACAUCCCUUUGACAGCCGGCGCCGGGUCCCCGGACUGGACACGGCCUUGCGUCCAGUCCCCUCCCACGAGCUCCUCAUCGGGGUCCCACGAGGAGACCAACCCCACGGCAAGACACGCCGCCUAUGGCACCUACGUCGACCCCUUGCUGGCAGAUCCGAGCGUUGUCAACAUCUUCAACCCCUCUCCGUCAUACUGGUCAUGCGUUGACGAAUCCUUCCAACUGCCUCGCGCCUUCUUCGAGCCGUACGUGCGCCUGUUCAUCGACAGGCUGUAUCCCAUAUUCCCGGUCUUGGACUGCCAAUGCCUGAUGUGGCUGGUGCAUACGGAUGAGGCCCUGUCACAGCCUCUUACGAGGGCGGAGUAUGCCCUGCUGACCUCCCUCUCUGCCGGGGUGGUCAUGCAGCUCAACAUUGAGGACCUGCCCGGCCAAGCAAGCGCCGGCAACAAUGCCGAGGCGGCUUCAACGCCGCUCGCCCAGUUACCUUCGUCGGCGCAAUUCUUCGCCUCACAGUGCCUCCAGGCACGUCAGGGGUAUUCGUUCAUCGAGGAAGCCGAUGAGUGGACCGUCAUGACGUCUUUCUUCCUCUUCGCCUACUACGGGAACCUUGACCAGAGUCGCUCGGCCUGGCAUUACCUCCGCGAGGCCGUCGGGCUUGCGCAAUCGCUGGGUGUCGAUGAUCCAGAGCUGUAUGCCGACUGGGACACAAAUACGCAGCAGCGAAGGCUGCGGCUGUUCUGGCUCCUCUUCAUCACCGAACGGGCGUAUGCCGUCCAGCAUCGUCGCCAAGUAAUACUCCGGUCGUCAAUUGACCUUCCCAAGGUCUUUGAUUCGCAUGACCCGAAGCUCAUAUACGGCUUCGUCGCACUCACGAAAGUCUUCAAGACCAUUGACAACGACUUCAUCGCCGCCUGGAGUGUCCUGCGCUCGGCCAAAGAGACCCAUGAUCCUGGCAAUGCCAUGCAGAAAAUCUUGGAGCAAGAGGAUCUCAUGGGCUGUCUGUCAAUGUCGGAGAUUGACGAGACCCAGCGCCUGGACGUUCUGAUCACCCAGCAUUGGCUGCGCGUCCUUGUGUGCAAGAUGCAAAUUCGGCGGGCGACAGCCACUGCGAGUGCCAAUGCCCCCGAGCCCGGGCAAAGGGUCAGCGCUGGCUACGGAAAGUUUGGCCAGAAAUAUGUCCUCGAGACUUGCAGCAGUCUGUUGGAGAUUAUCUCAAAGGCAAACCAACUGUCACUGGAAGCUCAUGGGAUAGGCAUGGUAGUGUUCACUCAUCCUCCCUCGGGUUGA